CCUGCUAUUACUGUGUUCUGCAAAGGUUGAGACUAAAGGGUCAGGAAGGAAAAGAGGAGAGAAAAGCAACUGAGGCCGAAGGAACUGGUGUGGCCCUCCAGAACCAAUUAAGAGAACUGGACGGCGGAGAUCCGGCGGGAACACAGUGGUGCGGGGCAAGGAGCAACUGAAGCGGUGCGGUCUGUGGGGCUGGGUCUUCUUGCACCUCGGGUCACGCCUCCUUGGCGAGAAAGCGCCUCGCCUUUGAUUGCUUCCAGUUCCUGCAGAACUUCCUGCCCUGGUGGAGAAGCGGGUCUUGCUUGGGUCGCUCUCGCUCCUGGUCUGAGGCGUGAGACUGAAUUCACACAGUGCUGGGCCCCCGAAGCCGAGUGGGGUCGGGGGAACAGAGCCUGCGAGCCCCCGCACCCCGAGUGAGGGGGCCCGGUGUUGGGGUCCUCUCUCCCCUUGCACCCGCACCCCUCCGGGCUCUGUGCCUCCCCGGGGACCCCUCGCCGGGAAAUGGCCGCGCUGAUGCGGGGCAAGGACUCGUCCCGCUGUCUGCUCCUACUGGCCGCGGUGCUGAUGGUGGAGAGCUCACAGCUCGGCAGCUCGCGGGCCAAACUCAACUCCAUCAAGUCCUCUCUGGGCGGGGAGACGCCUGCUCAGGCCGCCAAUCGAUCAGCGGGCACAUACCAAGGACUGGCUUUCGGCGGCAGUAAGAAGGGCAAAAACCUGGGGCAGGCCUACCCUUGUAGCAGUGAUAAGGAAUGUGAAAUUGGGAGAUAUUGCCACAGUCCCCACCAAGGAUCCUCGGCCUGCAUGGUGUGUCGAAGGAAAAAGAAGCGCUGCCAUAGAGAUGGCAUGUGUUGUCCCGGGACCCGCUGCAAUAAUGGCAUCUGCAUCCCUGUCACUGAGAGCAUCUUAACCCCUCACAUCCCAGCUCUGGAUGGCUCCCGACAUAGAGAUCGAAACCAUGGUCAUUACUCAAACCACGACUUGGGAUGGCAAAAUCUAGGAAGACCACACACUAAGAUGUCACACAUAAAAGGGCAUGAAGGAGACCCCUGCCUACGAUCAUCAGACUGCAUCGAAGGGUUUUGCUGCGCUCGCCACUUCUGGACCAAAAUCUGCAAACCAGUGCUCCAUCAGGGGGAAGUCUGUACCAAACAGCGCAAGAAGGGCUCUCAUGGGCUGGAAAUUUUUCAGCGGUGUGACUGUGCAAAGGGCCUGUCUUGUAAAGUAUGGAAAGAUGCCACCUAUUCUUCCAAAGCCAGACUCCACGUGUGUCAGAAAAUAUGAUCACCUCUGAGGAAAAUCAUCCCUAGCAGACUGUGAAUCUGUGUAUUUAAUGCAUUAUAGCAUGGUGAAAAAUAGGAUUUGGAUCUCAGAAGAAUGGCUCAAAUAAGGAAAGUGAUAAGAAUAUAGAGAUCACAGAGAGAGAAAAAAGAAAAGAGAAUAAGCAGAUUAGAAAGGGGUAACAAAUGUAGUACAACUGAUGCAUUUCCAUGAUUCAACUUGUUCAUGUAAAUAAUGUGCACGUUUGUGAAAAUGCUAUUACUGAAAAAAAAAAAAGCACACAGUGAAAAUUACUGACGAAUACCAUAUGACUUUCCAAGAGUUUAGGUUGUGCUGGAGAAUCAGUUUCCUUCAGAUUGGUGAUUGCCUAUAGAAAUAACCUAAAAGCCAUAUUUCUAAUUCAAAGUUAUAGUUUAACAAAAUAGUCCCUUGGCAUACAAUAGGCUCUAACAUAAAAAGCAUUGUUAAAUAGGAAAUGAAAGCAUGGAACAUAGAUAAUUUGCAACACAGAAUCACCUUUUGGUUUGGAAUGCUACUUCUAUGGCUCAAUGAAAGGCCUUGGUAGACAAGAAAAAAAGCAGUCAGUAUUUUCCAAAUAAUCUCAAAAUAAUUGCAAGGCUUUUUUGAAUGCCUUUAGGAAAAACCAAACUUAUUUUACUUUCAACUGUUUAUUUACAUUUUUCAAAAGUUGAUUUUCACUAGUAAUUCCCAAGAACCAGUAUAAGACAAAACAGUCCAUUCACAUUCUAAAGGAAUGGCAUUUUACAUUUUCUUGAUUGUAUGUGAUUCCGACCUUGAGUAUAUUUUAUUUUCCAAAGUAUCCCAAUUAAUUGUGAAUAGUAAAGAGUGGAAUUUCACAGAUUGCAAAAAAAUUUAAGAUGUCCAAGAUACAGAAUCAACACUAACAGAUUGUUAUUUUUUGAAGCUUUGGCAUUCCGUGUGUUUGAUAGAAUUAGAUUGGUAAACCCAUUUAUUCUUUACAUAUGUAGCAGCACAGUCAGGAAAAGCUGAAAACAGAAACUGAUCUACAUUUGUGCUGCACUGAGGGACACAAAAGAAAUGGACAAAACUUUGUCAAGUGCCCAGGUUUUGGCAACAUGUCAAUCAUGUAUCUGAAGCACAAACUGACUAUUCAUAUUGGAAUCCCAAGGCUGCACAACCUAAAUGGAAGUUUUCCAUGGGAUGUGCUACCACAAUAUUUACUAUGCAGAUGAGUUCUGUGUAGGUCACUAGUUGACCUCAAAAUAUUUAUUUUAUAUUUUUUGAGGUCCUAAAAUAGUAUGAGGAAGUCUCAUAAGAUAGACUCCCAGGGCAGGUAGUAUCUUAAGGUUCUAUUGUCCUCCAUCAACUUCUAACUUGCCAAUGGCACCAUCUGAAAUUUCUGUACCAAUCUCUCUCUUUAAUAGCUGGGUUUCUCUUUUUUUGUUUUUGUUUUCGUUUUUUGCCAAAGGUACCGUUUCUGUUUUCUGCAGCCAUUGAAAGUAAAGAAUAUAAAUGGAAUAACUUGUAAAAUCUACAUAUUGCUAACCUGUAGAAACCACAGUUCCAAAUUCUUUGAAACCAUUUUAUUACCUUUUUUUAGUUUGCUCAGUUCUAAAUAUUUAUGUCUAGAGCAUAAAGCAAAAAAUUAUCUUAUAGUUAUUACUUUUGACCUUUUCUUUUAUAGACUGCAAGUCACUCCUUAAUUUUCUCUUACUUAAACCCCUCCUGCAGUUUCAAAUUCAAGUUUUCCCAGUAGAGAUUAAAUCUGAGCCUGCAUGUCUAUUAAGAAUUUCAGCUUCCCAUACACAUUUACAAGGGUGAUUAAGAUUCACAUUUCUCCACAUGUCUGCUAAAACAAAAAUUAUAAGCUAAUCUAUCCAAGAACCAAAGUCUGUGCAAACAGGUUUCUAUAAGCUUGGCAACAUGAAAAUGGAACAUUUCAGUCAAACAUUUCCUAUAUAGCAAUCGCAUUUACAAUCUGUUUUUUGCAUUAGUUCCCUAUGUACAUCCCAAAAUUAUUAUUUGAAGUAAUUUAUUUACAGGAAAUGUUAAUGAGAUGUAUUUUCUUAUAGAGAUAUUUCUUACAGAAAGCUUUGUAGCAGAAUAUAUUUGCAGCUAUUGACUUUGUAAUUUAGGUAAAAUGUAUAAUAAGAUAAAAUAUAUUAAAUUUUUCUCCUUCAAAAAUGGAA